CCCCACCUCACUUUUCCCAUCGACACUGCGUCCUCCCUCUUGGAUUGAGCUUUGCCUGGACAGAGAUGACAUCCAUCGCGCUAAUAGCGGGGCCGCAGUUUCUAGGAAUUUGCUUCAACUGGGCACUGUUGGGGCUGCUGAACUUGCAAGUCUAUCUGUACUAUGAAUACUUCCCCAAAGAUCCAUGGUUCUUGAAAUGCUUAGCAUACGGCAUGCUCAUCUACGAAUGGGUCCAGACCGGCCUGCUCACGGGGGCUGCGAUGAGCAUUUACGUCUAUGGCUACGGCGACGUGAAGGACCUGCUCGAGUUCCACAACACGUGGUUCUCCGCGACCAUGAUGUGCGGCAUCAUCUCGGCCACUGUGCAGAUAUUCUUCGCGUGGAGGAUCUAUAAGCUCUCAAGGUCGCGCGUCCUGGCGGGCGUCAUUGUCGUGCUCGCCGUUCUGCAGUGCGUCGCGUCUCUCGUGGGCGGCGCAUACGAGAAGUCGAUCGGCAUAGCUUCUGCCCUCGAAGGCAGUCUCCUAAAGGCUGUGGUCCUCUGGCUGUCAGCAAGUGCGCUCGUGGACAUUUUGAUCGCCGUUUCAAUGACAAUCCUGCUACUCAAAAGCAAGACAGGGAUAAAAUCCACCGAUGCGUUCAUCAACCGUAUGAUCCGGCUUGUCGUGGAGACAGGCACACUGACUGCGAGUUUGUCCAUCAUCGUGUUGAUCACUGCAAAUAUCAAGCCGCUGCAUGAAACAUUAGUCUACGAAGCGCCCGCACUGAUACUGACGAAGAUGUACUCCAAUACAUUUCUGACAAAUUUAAAUAACCGCGAGUUCAUACGGAGACGAGAUGCGACCGUGGUUGAGCUCGCACCGAUGAGUGAGCUGCAGUUCGCACAGAAUGUCACUGCCCAACGCGUCGAAAUCUCCACACGACCUGGGAUGGAGUCAUCGACGAGUGAUGCUGCGAGCGUGGCCUUUGUGCGGAAGGGAUUUGCGUUGGGCUCGCCGCUUACGGAGGAUCUUUCCAGCGUUCUCGAGGCACAAACCAAGCGUCCUGCCCGGCGAAAUUCGGUCGUCUGAAAGCUUAGUUGAGAGUCGGCGAAGUUGGUACACGGAAUAGUUGGAACGCUGUUGCGCUUCAGAGAUACAUACGGCGAGUGAUUCGGGAUGUAUUUUUGCUGUUUUUUUUUCAUAUCCAUGGGACGGUCCAUAUACACACCGAAGGUAGC